CCGCCCCUUUCCUUGCCCCAACUUUUGGCUGCUCUGUCAUGUUAGAGGCAGUCAGCAGCUUGAUAAUAUACACCGCAACGUUUGCAGACCAGUCAUUGUGGCAGACCCUUUGUCCUCAGCCGACACGUGACGGGGCAGAUGCUCUGUGCUUUGCAGGGUGCAGCAUUCUUAACCACAUACAUCAUCACAAGAGUCAAGAACAGAUGUCUGUUGCUUAACAAAGAAGAAGGAUACCGGAAAUAUCACAUCUAAAAUGAAGCUGAACAACCAGUCGUAGUGAACAUCCAAGAAUCUGGAGGCUCAGGUUCAGCAUCCACUACCAUGGUGAACCAGGACCCCACCAACCCCUCCCAUGCCCUCUUUGACCAGUUUGUCCAGAGCCAGACCUGUAAGGAGGUGCAGCGUACCUUCUCAGAGCUCUGCCACCACCUACAAUUGGACCCCCGGGACUACCAGAGUUUCUACACCAAGCUCAAGGAGAGGCUCAACUACUGGAAGGCCAAAGCCCUCUGGAUCAAGCUGGACAAGCGGGCCCAACACCAAGAUUACCAGCAGGGCAAAGUCUGUGUCAAAACCAAGUGCCUGGUGCUGGGUGCAGGGCCGUGCGGGCUGAGGACAGCCAUAGAGCUGGCUCUGCUGGGGGCUCAGGUGGUGGUACUGGAGAAGAGGGACUCUUUCUCCCGGAAUAACGUGCUGCACCUCUGGCCUUACACCAUCUAUGACCUGCGUGGGCUGGCUGCCAAGAAGUUCUACGGCAAAUUCUGUACUGGGGCUCUGGAUCACAUCAGCAUCCGCCAGCUCCAGCUGAUACUGCUGAAGGUGUCUCUCCUCCUGGGGGUGGAGGUUCACACUGGGGUGGAAUUCAAAGGCUUCGUGGAGCCCUCAGAAGCCACAGGCUGGAUGGCCGAGCUGUUUCCUGACGAUCACCCUGCUGGGAAGUUCCAGUUUGAUGUCUUCAUCUCUGCAGGAGGAGGACGCUUUGUCCCUGAUGGCUUCAGGUGGAAGGAGCUGCGAGGAAAGCUGGCCAUCGGCAUCACAUGUAACUUCAUCAACCAUCACUCAGCAGCCGAGGCCCAGGUGGCAGAGAUCAGUGGUGUGGCCCGCAUCUACAACCAGAAGUUCUUCCAGGACCUGCUCACAGAGAAAGGUAUUGAUCUGGAGAACAUAGUCUACUAUAAAGACGCCACCCACUACUUUGUCAUGACUGCCAAGAAGAAGAGCCUGUUAAAGAUGGGGGUCAUUAAACAGGACUUCAGUGACGCCAAUCAGCUCCUGGGCCAGGCCAACGUGGACCAGGAGGCCUUGUUGCGUUAUGCCCACGGCGCUGCCCACUUCUCCACAGGCCACCGCCUGCCCAACAUGCAGUUUGCCCUGAACCACGCUGGCCAGCCUGACGUGGCCAUGUUUGACUUCACCUGUAUGCACCGUGCUGAGAACGCCUCGCUGGUCAGGGAGAGGAAAGGAAAGAAACUACUCAUGGGCCUGGUCGGAGACUGCCUGGUGGAGCCUUUCUGGCCUCUGGGAACAGGUAUUGCCCGUGGCUUUCUGGCUGCCUUCGACACAGCGUGGAUGGUCAGGAGCUGGGGCAAGGGAAAACCCCACCUGGAAGUCGUUGCUGAACGGGAGAGUAUCUACCAGCUCCUGUCCCAGACCACGCCAGAGAACAUCAAUAAAAACUACAGUGCCUUUAGCAUAGACCCGGCUACACGCUACCAGCACGUCAACCUCAACUCCAUCAAGGCCAACCAGUUGCAACAUCUGUAUGAUGUUGAAGACCAUAUUGAUUUGGGCCGACCAACCAAGAAGCAGAAAGAUUCGGUUGGAGCUUUUGAGGAGCUGUUGAAGUGGUGCCAGCAGCACACGGCAGGGUACGACAGGGUGAAGGUGAAGGAUCUGACCCAGUCCUGGAGGUCUGGCCUGGCCCUGUGUGCCCUCAUCAACACCUUCAGACCCCAUCUUAUUGACAUGUCCUCUCUGAAGGAGUCUGAUUCGGUCCACAACAACCAGCUGGCCUUCAGCCUCCUGGAGGGAGAGCUGGGCAUCCCUCCCAUCAUAUCAGCCAGUGACAUGGCCACCAAGGAACAGAUAGACAAGCUCUCCAUGGUGCUCUACCUCACACAGAUCCACGAUGCCUUCAACGAAAGGACACCCACUAGUGCAGAACCCCCGAGCCUUCUCCUGACACCGUCCAAGACCCUGUCUUUUCAGGCCGUGUUCUUCCUCAACAAGCUCAAGCACAACUCUCUGCAAAGACGCAAGGAGAGACUGGCAGCCGAGACAGAAGAAAAAGAUAAAAGGAUGAGGAUGGGAGAUGAGGAAGAUCCUGUAGCCCCUCUCUCAGCCCCUGAGGUGACCCCUGACCCUGAACUAAGCCCGACGUCAAUGAACAAUGAGGAGUGUUACUUCUGCGGCCAGCGGGUCUUUGUGCUGGAAAGGAUCAGUACUGAGGGCAAGUUCUUCCACCGUAGCUGCUUCACCUGCCAGCAGUGUGGCACCACCCUCAGACUGGGCAGAUAUACCUUUAGCCAGCACACGGGGAAGUUCUACUGUGAGCUACACUCUGAACAGAUAGAGAACAAGGAACAAUCCCCAUCCGUUAAGGAUACCAUCGGAGAUCACGAGGAGAAGAGAGGUGUGAAUUCAAUCUCCAGUGAAGACCCCUCACCUUGUCCCUCUGAGGACGAUGAGUACUAUCGAGACUCGGGUCCUCCUAAACCCAUGGAACCUCUGCAUCCUCCGAGUCAGGAAGACCCCAGUAGCAAACAACCUAGCCCUGUAGACGAGCCCCCUGUCUCACCAAAACCACCCAUAGACGUUUUCACAAAGAAAGGGUUUGAGGACUGUGAGGUGGAGGAAGAGGGGAAGGAGGGGGGUGAGGAUGCCCCCUCGGAUCCUCUGACCCCUGUCCCAAAACCUCGCCACUCUCGCUUGGCCAUCCCAAGCCCCCAGGCCUCCCCUCCUUUACCCAAACCACGCACCGUCCUCACCCCAAAAAGGGACACGUCACCAGCCCAUGUAGGGGAGAAGGGGUCCCCCAGGGCAGCAGGAGAGAAAGGGACCCCCAAGGCAGCCCCUGACUCCAGGCCGAAGCCAUUCCUGCGGAAGCUGCAGCUGACCGACGAGGAGAAGAACCACCUAGUCAACUUGAGCUUCAGCCUGGACUCUGACUCGGAGACACCUGGUUCUUCCUCCUGCUCCUCUUCCUCAGCCACAGCAGGGGGUCCCUGCCCACCCAAACCCCCAGGUGCAGACGGCCAGGAGGAGGAGGGCUACUGGAGUGGGGGCCCUGGAUCGGGGGGACACAUACGGGAGCACAGGAACCGCCGCUGCUUCAGGAGGAAAGAGGAACCAGUGGAGGGCCAGGGUCAGCACGCCAGGGUCCGCUCCAAGUUCUCCCCCUGGAACUUGUCCUCCCCUCGGCUGGGGAGGGACCAACGCUUCAGCGUCCUCAACAGCCACCCAGAAGUACAUUAUGGCCACAGUGUAUCUGAGGAAGAUGGUGCUGAUGAGGAGGAGGAGGAGGAGGAGGAUGAUGAGUUGGAUAUGUUUGCACCAGAUGGCUUGGAUUUAUAUGAUGAUAAGUUCCAGACCCUCCCUUCAGACCCUGUGGAGGCUGAGAAACUGGAGCUGUUGAAGAUGAGGACGUUGGAUCGACGGGCCAAGUCGUGUGAGAUGCAGCGCUUCCACAAAGCGCAGUCUAUUCAGAGACGCCUGGAGGAGAUUGAGGUGACGUUUAAAGAGCUGGAGGAUAAAGGUGUGGUGUUGGAGCAGGUACUCCGAGGAGAGGAAGGCAGUGGAGGUUCCCCUGAGAUGAUCGACCAGUGGAUCCAUCUGGUCCACCAGAAGAACGCCUUGGUCUCUGAGGAGUCAGACCUCAUGGUGGCGUCUCGACAGCUGGAGUUGGAGGACAAACAGAGCAUGCUGGAGAUGGAGCUCAGACAAUACAUGGAGCUAGAUGACUCUGAGAAGACGGCGGAGCAGCAGGCAGAAGAGGACCGUGUGCUACAGGAGAUGCUGGAGGUGGUUGACAUGAGGAACUCUCUGGUGUCCUUCCUGGACGAGAAGCGACUCAAGGAGAUCGAGAGUGACAAGCAGCAGGCCACCUCGCUGCUGGAGGCCAAGAGACACUCCACAGCCUCAGCAGGGGCACAGGUGCACUGGGCGUGAGGGUGACGCAUAUAUAUAUAUAUAUAUAUAACUGCUAAAAUGAAGGAAACACUUGAGUAAAUGAAGGAUGCAAAGUAUAUUGAAAGCAGGUGCUUCCACACAUGUGGUUCUUUAGUUAAUUAAGCAAUUAACAUCCCAUCAUGCUUAGGGUCAUGUAUAAAAAUGCCCAGUUGCCCAUUAUUUUGGCUACCAUGGCUAGAAGAGAUCUCUGCGACUUUGAUAGAGGGGUCUCAAAGGAGCCUAGGGGGUUUAAAGUGUGUCUGUCACCAGAUCUCAAUCCAAUUGAAUACUUCUGGAGCGGUGCCUGAGACUGUUUUCCAUCAACAAAACACCAAAUUAUGGAAUUUCUCAUGGAAGAAUGGUGUCCCAUCCCUCCAAUAGUUCCAGACACUUGUAGAAUCUAUGCCAAGGCGCAUUGAAGUUGUUCUGGCUCGUGGUGGCCCAACGCCAUAUUAAGACACUUAUGAUGGUGUUUCCUUUAUUUUGGCAGUACAUGCCCACAUUAAUACAUAUGUACAGGUAUACAUACACACUUCAAUUUAUUUAAAGAGAAUAUUGCUGCUUACAGACGCACACGCAUGAUCUUAUAUUUGCAAAGCCAAAGAUGUAUUGGUGAAGGUAUUUCUCCAGGAGUGUUGUGCUCUGUGUUGAGCCGCCAUGUACUGUCUGACUCCAGAGGUAUAACACGGAAACUGGUCUAGAGAUGUAUGGAUUACAAUCUGGAUGCAUCCAGGCCUUCCUGGCUUGUUCCCACUGGCCAUUCAUCUCCAGUGAAGGCAGUCCUGCUCCAGCAGCAGCCCCAGAAUAAAGAGACCCCCCCCACAGCCAGCUGAACUCAAAGCCAAGAAGUUGAGAACUGUCACAGGUUCUUAACACAGGGUUAAUAUAUUCUGUGGGUUGGACAGUGUUGUGUAAAAUGUCUUCUUUUUUUGUGUGUGUGUAACCCUGGAUGAGUGAGUUCUGCUAAGCACCAGGUAAUGUCACAAUUCUACUUUUGUAUACUGUAUAAAUUAGAUAUUAUAACAAUUUGUUCUUUGAGAAUUGCGUGGUCCAUAACAAUUCAAUAUUAUUAAAGAUGUUAAAUAUGAGAUUAUUUACUAGUAUUAAUUAAAAAAAAGUAACUUUUUCUUUUUUUUUUUUUUGCACUUUCAGUGACUCAUGUUGUGGAUUGUUUUGCAUGUUACAUUUAUAGUUAAUGUUUAGUCUCGGGUUAACCAGUGCACUCCUCUAGGAAUCGUUGUUUGAUGGAAGUCACUAAAUGACCUUUUUUAUAUAUUGGUCACUAAUUGGAUGUGUGGUACUAAGGCUGCAAUACACAGGCAGCCCAAUUUUAAUUGUUCUUUUGACCAGUCACAUCAGAUCUGAUUGGUCAAAAGACCAAUUAGUGAAGAAUAAGAUCAAACUUUGUCUGCUUGUCUAAAUGCAGCAUUUAGUGAAUGGGUGAAAUACAUUUCUGAAUUGACAGGCUAUUUUCUUACACUAUAUCCAUCAUUUAUCAUUUGCCAAUCUCUAUGAUAAUAGUAUAGCCAAGGGAAAACAUUGUUAGUCAGACCCAGCCUUAUGUAUCCUCCAGUGUUGAAUGCCUCCGUUGUGCUGCCGGGACAGUACUUUGCAGAAUAUAAAAUAAAGGCCAUGCACUGUCAUCUAAUUUUAUAACGUUUAAGUACAUCCUCAUAUGUACGUCUUGUCCCAUGUUGUUUUGAUGCUGUUCCUAAUGGUUACCACUAGAGAGCAUACCUACCCUGUUUGGCUGCAUCGCAUUAGUGGAAACCAAGACUUUGGUCAGGGCAGACCUGAUUGUAGUUAGAUAUGUUAGUUGUGACCGGGACAAUUUUAGCUAACCCUCUAACUAACCUUAACCUCAUUCCCCUAACCUGUUAUGAAAAGUUGCUUCUGCUCGUCAAAACUGACAGAUCUGCCCUAAGAAUAGUCUUGGUUUCCACUAAUGUGAUACAGCCCCUGUUUGUCAGUUUAUAGACACAUGAUUCACGUGACUUCACAAAUUGCCCGUGAACCGCAAUAGGUUCAGCAAGUGUUUUAAUUGUAAUCUAGUUUAUUCUGCACUGGCAAUGGAUUGACUAAAUAAAUAUUCAGUAUAAAGAA